AUGAGAAUACAUGACCUAAUACAUACACAAGGAGUGCAGAAAUGGGAAAUAAGAUCAAACAACUACCACUUUAUAAACAUUUCAUGUACACUAUAUAAAAGAGAAAAUGUUGUUCAGUUUGUUAGAAGCAGAAGACGUGAACGAAUGGGGCAUGUUCAGAGAGCAGAUGGAAAACUUAUGAUUGGAAAUCAUAAACGAAGAAAUGGAAGGGACGAGAACACGGGAGAGACCGCGCCGAAGAUGGAUGGACAGUGUGCAGGAGAUCAUGAUCGAACUUACGCAAUCAAGAAAAAUAAAUUGGAACAUAUCAGAGGAAAGAGAGAAGAGCAAAAUGGAAAGAAUUAG